GCUCGUGCGUCCUUCACGCUCAGGCUUCGUGCGUCAACCCUUCUGCACCUUCUGUGCGUCUCGCCGCCUCCCCUUCCUACGUGCGGGUGCAUUUCUUUCAUGGAACCUGGGUCGAAAAUGAUGGCUCAAUUUCGUUUGGCCCUCAUCCAGCUUCGUGUGUCUUCUGUCAAGGCAGAUAAUCUCACUCGAGCUGCUGAGUUUAUCAAGAAGGCUGCAAGUCAAGGAGCCAAAAUUAUAAGUCUUCCUGAGUGUUUUAAUUCUCCUUAUGGCGCAAACUUCUUUCCUGAAUAUGCAGAGCCAAUCCCGGGUGAAUGCACAAGAAGACUUUCUGAUUUAGCCAAAGAAUGUCAAGUUUAUCUCAUUGGAGGUUCCAUUCCUGAAGAAGAUAAUGGAAAAUUUUACAAUACUUGUACUGUGUUUGGUCCUGAUGGAGCUCUCCUGACAAAGCACAGAAAGCUUCACUUGUUUGACAUUGAUAUUCCUGGAAGGAUUCGAUUCCAAGAAUCAGAAACGUUGAGUGCUGGUGACAGUCUCUCCAUUUUUGAAACCCCUUACUGCAAAGUGGGCGUGGGGAUUUGCUAUGACAUUCGCUUUGCUGAACUUGCACAAAUCUACUCUCAGAGAGGUUGCCAGUUACUGGUGUACCCUGGUGCUUUUAAUCUGACCACUGGACCAGCACAUUGGGAGCUGCUUCAGCGAGGCCGUGCUGUAGACAACCAAGUGUUUGUAGCCACCGCCUCCCCAGCCAGGGAUGUGGAGUCCUCCUAUGUUGCCUGGGGACAUAGCACUGUGGUGAGUCCUUGGGGAGAAAUCCUGGCCCAAGCUGACACUGAUGAAAGCAUUGUGUAUGCAAACAUAGACCUGAAGAAGUUGCUUGAAGUUCGCCAACAAAUCCCUGUUCUCAGCCAGAAGAGGGCAGAUCUUUAUGCUGUGGAGUGGAAAAAGGUCUGAGGGACCAGGGUUGCUGCAAAAGAGGGGCUUCAAUAUCCAGAUCUUUGAAUCCUUUUAGAUUUCAACCUUUUUCUAGUGGUGAAGGGUAAAGAAAUUAAUGUAACAAUUGACCACACACAUUUGAGUCCUAAAGAAGAUUUUUGUCAUCAGUCAUUGAUCUUGCUAUGCAGACCAAUCAGAAUAACAACAAAGUAGCAAAAUAAAGUCUCAAGAUUCUGAUGAUUAGGGGCAAAAUUCACAUAAGAUCAAGGUGCCUAUGGGCACCACUUCAUUUCAUGGAAUUGAAAGUUUUUUAUCCAAAAAGCUGUUUUAUUAUAUUGCCCCACAAGUGCCUAAGAUUUCAGAUCUGGCUAAUGUUUUGAAUUAUUUUGCUUGAUUAUACUUGUAUAUUAAAAAGGAGAAUUUUUUAUCUUGUGGCAAAAGGGGCUGGGUGUUGUUGCUGCCUAAUGAUGAAAUGGGGGAAAAAAUAAAGUUUAGAAAUGGG